AAUAUUCACCAAAUCUCAUUUUUAAUCUUUAAGUGCCUCGUCAAGUAAUUCUCUCAAAAACCAUAAUGUCAAACGAAAUGUCGUCGUAGAUAUGCAGUAAACGCCAGAAAAACGGUGGCUCAAACGGGAGAAGUUUUAUUUUGUGUGUCGUAUAAUUUACAAGGCUCCUUUUCCCUCAAACGGCGGUGAAAUUAGUUGUACACGGCGGAAACCACCGUUGAGUUGAUCUCCGGUGUCGCAAAUGCCGAGCUCUUGUAGUAUUAGAGCUCUCUGGAUCCUCGCCAAUCAAGACACUGUUGUUUUCUCCCGGAGAUUUCCGGUUGUCGAGAAGAGGUGGCGGGCGGCGUGUGAGAGAGAUAAGAGUUUAAUCGAGGAUGAUUUGAAUUAUACUGGGGUGCCUGCUCUUCCUACUGAUUCAGAGAUAGCUGCUGCAUUCAUUGACCGCAAGAAAAGGGAGGGAUCUGCUCGUGGAUUUGGCAUUAGGAUAAACCAGUCAGUUGAAGGUUCAGAUUCCUGGGUUGAUGAUCCAAUUACGCGUCACAUAAUAAGUCUUUACACUAAAAAUGAACAGGAGGAAACAAAUCGUACUUUGUGGCCGCUUGUUUUGCACAUAAAGGACCACUACUGUAUCCUUGUACUGCCUUUAGUGGAACCUCAUCAUCUAAAAACAUAUAUAAGGAUGUGUAAAAGAUCUGACUGUGGAAAUGCUGUUGGAGCAGAUGAAAGUUUAUCAGCCCUCCUGCUUAAUCUUCCAUCCAUCACAGGGGCAUUUAUGGUGGGUCACAUGAUAGGAGACAUCAUAACAGGCAAUGUGACAGAACCUGAAAUAGUCAUAAGUGCAUCUCCAUCAGUGGGUGGGUUGUUGGAUUCUCUCACUGGAAGUAUUGGCAUCUCAGCAAGAGCAAAACCUGUAGCUGCUCCAGUUGCAGGAUCCACAGCUUCUGGAGCUGCAACCAGUGGAGCAAUGGCAUCUGAUACCCCAAAGAUUGGUUUGAGGCCCCUAGAUAGAGAUGCUAUUCGCUCUUUUAUAAGCAGUGCGAUGCCAUUUGGCACCCCUCUGGAUCUUAACUACACCAACAUUUCAGCUGUCAAGAUUAAUGGAUUUUCUCCAGCAGAUAUCCCUCCUGCAGACCAGAAGCAACCAGCAUGGAAGCCUUAUCUCUAUAGAGGGAAGCAGAGAAUUCUGUUCACAAUUCAUGAGACAGUCCAUGCUGCCAUGUAUGAUCGCGAUGAAAUUCCAGAUCGCAUAACAAUUUCAGGUCAAGUUAACUGUCGAGCGGAAUUAGAAGGGUUGCCCGAUGUGAUGUUCCCACUUAUAGGUUUGGACACUGCUCGUGUUGAGCUAUUAUCCUUCCACCCCUGUGCUCAAGUUCCAGAGCAUGGUAACGAGAAGCAAGCACUUAUGUUCUCACCACCAUUAGGAAAUUUCGUAUUGAUGCGUUUUCAGGCACUUUGUGGUAUGCGGCCUCCGAUCAAGGGUUUUUAUCAGCUUUCAAUG